UUAUUGUUAGCCAUAGAUGUACCUGCACCUCUUUUUGACAUUUUCACUCUAAAAUUUAGCACAGUAAAUAUAAUACAUAACUGAUGCCUCUGAGUGCUGGGCCACACCGCUUCGCCAAGAAAACCCCGUGAUGAUACGCAGACAUGACUGACGCUGCACGAUCCAUGAAAACCUUCGGUUUUCGGAACUUUCUGGUUCUUGGAUGCUUGGAUAAAGGGAUACGUACCUGUAGCCUUGCUUCAACCUGAGGGUUUUCUCCAAGUGUUUGUCCUUCAUAACCACCAUUUUGGAAAUUUCAUUUGACUGGAACAGUCUGCCUUUACAAGGACCAGCUAACAAUCCAGAACAGGAUCCCUGAACAUUCCUUAGUUGAAAAAUUGUACUUUAUUCGUGGGCCAUCUACAAAUGCAUUGCAAAGCAGUUCAUUUCGAUCAUCACAGAAAAUACUGUAGAAAUGUGACCAAACCCAUCCAUGGGCAGCUCCAUGACUCUGGCAAAGGGCCAGUUCAUGGUCUGCAGCACCUGACAGUGGGGGUGGGGGGGGAAGGGGGUGGUGUGGACAUUGCAAGGGCCGUGGGAGCGACGAACAUUUCCGUCAUUCGUCCUGCACCGCGGUACGAGAAGGGUUUCCGGGGGAAGCCACUCACAAUAUUAAUCAGCUACAGUGUGCUCGAGAAACACUGACCCUGCUGGGGCAGACGGCACACCAUGUAUCUGUCUGAAUUCAACAAACAUAGUGCCAAAGACUGGGAAAAUUCACCCUAAUGUUUGCAUGCUGUUCAUGGAAGAAUUCGUAUUGGCCAGGUCACUGGAGAAAGCACCCCUAUACUUCUUCAAAUUAGUGCCUUGGGAUCAUUGACGUCAGCUUGAGUCUCAAUAUCACAUCUCAAUAUCACUCAAUUCGUCUGCUCUGGGUCACAGGGACAGGACAAGGGAGGGGACACCCAGGACUGCUCGACAGAGGGCUGACAUGGACUUCACUCCUUCCGCACUAUCAUCACUUUGUGACUCACAAACGAUUCAGAAGAUAGGUUUCGCUUUCAUUUCUUUGCAGUGAGCUUUAUUUCAGGAACCAAAGUUUUGCUUUGAAUCUGUCCAUUGCUUGAAUCAGUCUGUCACUGCCUCCCUGCAAAGAAUAUACUCAAUUUAGACUAAGGAAAAGGACAAAAUCCUGCCAAAGUAAAAGCAACAAUGAAUGAAGACCCUGAAGGUGAAUCAAUCAAAAGCCGGGGGACGGCGGGUGAAAAUGCCGACGAUGCGAAAACAGAGGAUGCAAUGUCACCGAACAAAAUCACAGCCUCAGUGACCUCUGACAACACAGAGAUGGAGGGAAACAAAGAAAACGUCGAGGAACAUGGAGAUAACCAGCCAGAAAUGGAAGCAACGUCACCGAGCAAACGAACAGCCUCAGUGACCCCUGACAACACAGAGACGGAGGGAAACAAUGAAAACGUCGAGGAACAUGGAGAUAACCAGCCAGAAAUGGAAGUGAUGUCACUGAAUAAAAUCACAGCCUCAGUGACCUCUGACAACACAGAGAUGGAGGGAAACAAUGAAAACGUCGAGGAACAUGGAGAUAACCAGCCAGAAAUGGAAGGUUCACUUCCAAAGGAGCCUACUGUGAGGGCGUCUGACGUCUUCGGUGCUGAAGGGGAGGUAAAUCCGCCAGAGCUCCAAAAACACGAGCAAUCAGACGUUUCUCUCACAGACUCUGAGCUUGGGUCAGGCUCACGUAAAGCCCGGCCAGGCGAGCAUCCCCAACGCCAGUCCAGUUUUCCAGAGGCGGACACCUCAGCAGAAUCGGACCCUCCUUCAAGUAGCGCCCCUCCCGAAACGGGUGCCAAGCAAUCCCGUGUUGAAGACUUCCUGACGGAGUUGGGGCUGAAAACACCGGAGAGUGAGAAGCUGUCCCUGAGCAACGUGCUCAACCUAAGCGCAAAGGUGCUUCAGAAUAAGGUGCCAAGACUGCCUCGGGAUAUCCCAAACUACUUCCUGUGGAAUUUGAUGAUAGUCAAUUCCAAAUCGAGAAAUUUCAAGUACUCCUUGGCCGAGGAAGGUCAAGUGGGGAAACGGGAGACAGGGGACUUGGAGUUCCUCCAACCGGAGGAGAUCCCUGCUAAUUCGUACCAUCCCUUGGAUAUCAUGAUGGCUAUUUUCCUGCGUGCUGACACAUUUCUCCAGCAGGAACUGAUGCUGAAGAUGUCCCUGUGUCAGUUUGCUUUGCCGCUAUUGCUUCCUGACGGUAAAGAGGGCUGCACCUUCCUGCUGUGGGCCCUGCGCUCCGUUGUGAAGAAGUGGCGCCCGCUCUCUCUCCAGGCGAGCGCAGGCUUCAAGGAAGCCAACAUGGUGACCGAGAGGGUGCCGACGUUUUCCUUCCUGCGCCUGGGCACCUGCUCCAUCUCCAAGUCCAAGAUCCUGAACGAUGCCCUCAGCACCGUGGAGCAACACCACGACUUCUUCGUCCACUCCGGCAUGGAGUGUGGGAAUGUACCGCGGAAGAUCUCCGACGGCCUGGCAGAGCUGUGCUGGUACCUGCCCAGUGGGAGCGCGGAUCUGGACCUCUUCCCGGAACCGAUGGCCAUAUUCAACCUCCGAGGCGACGGCAGAACAUUCCGCGGGCAGGCCCAGUUCCUGGCGAAGGCUUCGUCUGCCCUCUUCGUCUUCGUCGACAACGUAGAUGGAGGGGUCAGCAGCUACCUCAGCUCCUUGGUGGAGUCCGCGCAGAACCUCUUUGUAAUUCUGUCCCGCAAGGAUCUGACCGACGAAACAAGAAGUCAGGUGAGGGAGUUGAUCUCUUCGUCGGUUGUGAGGAAGGAGUGCGUUUUAGUUCUGGGCAAGAAGAACGAUGCGGAGUUUGCGCGAUUGCUUCGGACCGUGCUGAAGGAAAUAGUUCCAAGCGGGAAUCACCAGGUCGAAGAACUCCCAACUCCUCCAUCCCAGACCACCGGAAAGAGACUCGAGGACAUGGCAGCGAUCGCCAGGAGAGUUGGGGUCAAAGUGGACGAGGACGAAGAGCAAUGUUCGCUCGGCCGAAGUAAGUCGGAAGGGAUUCUCCGCUCCAUCAAAACUGAGGGAAUCGAGAGCUUCAAGAAGGCGAGGAUGACUUUCCAAGGGGAUACCUGGCAGAAGAUCUCCCAACUGGAAAAGGAGGAAUGUCGCCUGAAGAAACGAGGGCAAAUGUCCGUCAAUCAGUACAUCAACCAGCUCAGAAAGAGCCACAAGGUUCUGUGCAAUGCGCAACGGAGGGAAGGCCUGUCGGCUGACGUGAAGGUGUUCAUCGAAGCCCUGACCGGCUGGGAGGGGGGUAAGAGGAAGCAUUUCCUGCAGUGGAUGAAAUUCGGGCUGGAUUCCAGCUCAAGAGAAACCCUCUCCGUCUUGCGAGAAAGGUACAAAGCCCUGUACGAGAGCUCUCAGGAGGGCACGACGGAGGAGCGGGAAACCCUAGCAGAAGUGUGGAGGCAGCUGCAAAGGCUGGACCGGCAGAUAACCGCCAGCUCCCUGGGCCUGGAGCAUUUCAUGCGGGAAAUUGGACUGAUCUACGAACGUUUCACCGAGAAGGACGAUGUGGGUAAGGAAGAGAUGAGUGUGGUGUACCGGUUACCCAGUGCCGCCGCCGACCUGAUGUUGGACGGCUUCCCUCUGGAGCUCAUCGACGGAGACGUUUCCAACAUCCCUCUGCGGUGGGUGACGGCCGUGCUGAAGGCGGUCGAAGCCAAGAUUGGCAGAGAGACCCGGGUGUUUGUGCUGACGGUGCUGGGCGUGCAGAGCACCGGCAAGUCCACCCUCCUCAACACCAUGUUCGGCCUGCAGUUCGCCGUGAGCAGUGGGCGGUGCACCAGAGGUGCCUUCAUGCAGCUCAUCCCGGUCACCGGGCAGCUGGGGGCAGAGCUGGGCUGCGGCUAUGUCAUGGUGAUCGACACAGAGGGGCUGAAGGCCCCAGAGCUCUCUGGCGUCGACGAGAGCCACGAACACGACAACGAGCUCGCCACCCUGGCCAUCGGCCUGAGCGACGUCACCCUGGUCAACCUGGCCAUGGAGAACUCCGCCGAGAUGAAGGACGUGCUGCAGAUCGCCGUGCACGCCUUCAUCCGCAUGAAGGAGGUGGGCAAGAGGCCGGCCUGCUACUUCGUCCACCAGAACGUCAGCGACGUGUCUGCCCAUGACCAGAACAUAAGGGGCCGCAAGCGCCUGCUGGAGCAGCUUGACACCAUGACGUGGGCGGCGGCGAAAAUGGAAAAGCAGGAGCGUCGCUUCACCAAGUUCGCCGACGUGCUGGAGUACGACGCAAAAUUGAACAACUGGUACAUACCGGGCCUGUGGCACGGCAACCCACCCAUGGCCGCCGUCAACACUGGCUACAGUCAGAAGGUGUUCGAGCUGAGAAGAACGCUUUUCAAAUGCUUCUCGAGCCAGCCGCCAAAGAAACACAAGCUCUCCACCGUCUCCGAGUUUGUUACCUGGACUCAGGCCCUGUGGAAAGCCGUGAAGUACGAGAAUUUCAUUUUCAGCUUCAGGAACAGCCUGGUGGCCGAGGCCUACAAAGAGCUCUCCAUCAAGUACACCGACCUGGAGUGGCAACUGAGGAAAGACAUACACACCUUCGUCGAGAUGGCGGAGAACAAAAUCGCCAAUGCCAAAGACGAUCCGGAAAGGGUCGCCGGUCUCUUGAAAAGGGACCAGGAGCAACUUCUGGAGAAAAGCAAACAGAGAGCCCUCCAGGAGCUGGAAGAUUAUUUCUGUAACAGCAAUAAUGCGCACCUUAUCGAAAAAUACAGGGCCGAUUUUGUCUCCAGCAUCGACUCGGUCAUCAUUGAGCGCACGAUGUAUGCAGACAUCAAAAGCAAUGAGGCCGUCCAGAGGUGGAGAAAUUUACAGAAGAUGAAUGAAAUUAAGGCCAGUUAUCAAAGCCAGAUUGAAGGGCAGGUCAACAAGCUUUUGCAGAAGUGCAGACAGGAGAAAAGGAGCAUGGACGAUGAUGAGCUUCGGAAAGAGUUUGAGGUUAUGUGGGAGAAAACACUUUCAACGUUACAACGUGGACCGAAUGUUGUGAGUGACGUUGUGAGUGACAUGGAGACUAAACUGAUUCAGAACAUGCCAGCGCACAGCCAUUUAAUUAACGAGACGCUUGCUGGCAAAGACUGGUUCCAAACGGAGUUUGGAGCAUUCCGAAUUGGCAAAGAUCACAUCGACAGAAAAACAGUGGACGACAGUCCUCAGGCUUUUGCUUUCGUCAGGCUUCUCCGCGGCAUUUUUCCCAAAAAAUGCAACAUCUCACAGCGGGCGGAGGAGUGGGCGAUGUGGUGGUUGGAAGAAUGCAGUGAGUUUGUGGGGGAUAUGGUGCAGAGACGUCAGGACUAUGAUUCCACCUACUUCCAAGAACUUUUGAGAACAGUGGAUGAGAAGAUUCGGAAGCACAAUGACGAGGAAUUCAGCUUCACCGUGAGGUUCAAAGUGGAUUUCAGCAUCCACGUGUGCGGUGUGGCCUCUGGGAAAUUCGAAGCAAUGCAGGACAAGUUCAGGAAGAGGAGCGACGCCUUAGAGCUGUUGAACAAGGAGAAAAUGAAUUACUACAACAGCUUUAGGAACAUCUACCAGGAAAAGGACCAGACCAAACAGAGGGCAGAGUUAUUCUGCAAAUCUUGCUUGGAACCAGCUUUGAUGAAUGCUGUCAUCAAGAAGCUAGGGCCAGAGAUUGUGGACCGUAUGAGAUACUACGGGAAAGGGGGGAAAUUCAAAUUUCGGAAAAACUUCCAAGUGGCUCUUAUGCUGCAUUUGAAAGAAGAGGACAAUUUUGACAAUUACCACCGGUUCAUCCAACGCACGGUGUCAUAUGAGAAGACGUGGUUGAGAAGGCAAGUCACAGAGCUCUGUGCAGCCACAAGUGGAGAACAGCCCCUGCUGUGCUCUCUUGCCCUGGACAUUCUGAAAACAUUCAUCAAACUAAUCAAAGCAGCUAUCAAGAAUGUAACAUCCCAGGCUAAAGAGGUUGCAGUGUCCCGUGUUAUCCAGAUGCUUAAGGAAAAACUUGGAUCAGAGAUUCAGAUACCGGACAUCCAGUUAGCAGCCAUUACCUUCGGAGAUGCAAAGAUUAACGUUGAGCAUUUCACCCAAGAGGUCACCAGCUUCAUCUGUGAAGUAGAAGACUGCCUGGUACGGCAGAUUAACGGUUGGGCAAAUGACGUUGAUGCAACCAUUAAAACAUUGCCCGUAGACCCGACCAAGGAGCUGUACGUAAUGUUAUCCGGCUGCGGGACAAGGUGCCCCUUUUGUGGCGUUCUGUGUGACUGCACAAAUGCUAAACACUCUCAGCACAGUGUUGAAUAUCACCGCCCUCAGGGCCUCACUGGAUACCACUCGAGUAAAAGUAGGAAACUAGUAACAGAGAAUUGUACCACACUAGUCGCGAGUGAUACCAAGUUCAGAAACCAAGACACGAAAGGAGAAUUUUGGCCCUACAAAGACUACAGGAAUCUCGGCACAAAGUACAGUUGCUGGAACAUCAUUGCCGAUACGACCAUCAAAACGUCUGCCUUCUGGAAGUGGGUCUUCCACACCUACAACCAACAAUUCGCUCAGAAAUACACAGUGCUCCCGGCAGACCCUAUCAGUGGCUGGAAUUUAUCCUGGGGUGAGAUUAGAGAAGACAUUGAAAAUAGUUACAAUGUCAGGAUCGAUGAAUUUUAUUAGCUCAGUCGCUGCAGGUCACUGAAAUGCUUUUGUGACACGGUCAAAAUUUGCUCUGAACUGCGGCAUUGAAUGGGAGGUAUUGCAUUAAUCCGUGGCCUGAUAUUCGGUCCCGUUGAAAUUAGUGGAACUGAGUAUCAGCUGGGGGAAUGAAUAUAACUGGCAAGAGCCCUGACACUCCCUCCCCUGUUCAACCAGCUCUGCUGAGUUUUAAUAAGAGGACUACGACUAGACAACACCAGAUAGGAUAUUUGAACGUGGCAACACAUCAUUUCAAAUUAAAGCAGACAAUCAAUCGAAAGGAUGUAUUUUUUUUUAAUCUACUAAAAUAGGACAGUAGCAGUAUUCACAAUACCACAGCACCCUGGUCGAUAGGAACGCACAAUCAAAUCCAUCAUCACUGCUCAAAACCUCUUACACUUUGACCUUGUAUCUCAGGCUGCUCACCAUAACCUCGCAAACACUGGAAACCACCUGCUCCUGUCAACUCCGUUCAAUCCUUCGUUCCUUUAAACAACCUUUUGGGCCUCUAAUACACCGGAGUCCUAACAUAAAGUGUGCAAAGUCAAAAUGGGACCGAGACCGAACGACCUACUGUUCUGGUCAGAAAUACACCUUUAUAAUUGCCAAUGUUCCUGUUCUACUGAGCGCAAGGAAAGGUUACAGUGCGGAAAUUCCACACAUAGAAUGCAGAGUUGACCCUACUGACUUCAAAAUCUGAAAACCUUUUAGAUCUCAAUGACAGCCCGAUGUAUCAGUAUGUUGUUUAAAUGUAUAGUCUGCUGAUCCCAUACUUCAUUUAUUUUGCUACUUGGCCAUGUUUGGUAGAUUUAGUUCAGCAGGAGCUCUCAAACGAUGUGCUAGCUGUUAACUGGAAGAGAUGCAUCUGCAUUCUGUUGGUAGCUUCAUUGCAAUCCAUGGGGAGUUGCUGCAAAUGUUCCUCAGGGUGGUGACCUAGGCCCUGUCCAUCACUGGCUGCUUCAUCAAUUACCCUUCCUCAGCCACAACCGCGGAAGUGCAAAAUUGUUCGCCAACGACUGCUCAGUGUUCAGGGGUGUUUGUGACUCCUCAGAUACCAAAGAAGUCUAAGUCUAGCUGUAGCAAGCCUUCAGCCUUGGGCUGCUAAACGGCAAGUAGCAUUCAUGCCCAACAAGUUCCAGGCAAAGACUGUCUCCCAACCUUUGAUAUUCAAUGGUGGUACCAUCACCGAAUCAGCCAACGUCAAUAUUUUUGGGGGUUACAUUGAUCAGAAGCUGAGCUGGACGAGCCACAUAAUUACCAUGGCUCUAAGAGCAGGUCAGAGGCUGGGAAUUAUCGGCAAGUAACUCAACUCCUGAUUCUCCAAAACUCCUGAUUCUCCUGUACCUACAAAGCACAAGUCAGGAGCUUGGUGGAAUACUCAACAAUUGCCUGGAAGAGGGCAGCUCCAACAACCCUCAAGAAGCGCAACACCAUCCAGGACAAAGCACACCCCUUCCACCAACUUAAGUGUUCACUCCAAUCAUCAGAGCAAUGAGUGUCAAAUACAGGAGGCAUUGUGGAACCAUUGCUGAUCCUCCUCUGACAGCAUCUUCCAGACCGACAACCUCUAGCACCUGGAAGGAUAAGGGCAGCAGAUGCUGGAGACCACUGGCUACAGCAGGUUCCUAUCCAACUCGCACAACAUCCUGACUUGGGACUGCGCUGCCGUUACUUCACUGAUACCAGGUUGAAACUUUCUGAAAGCACUGUGGGUGUACCCACGUCAGACAGAUGACACCAACCCAGGGGCUCAGCACCACCCUCUCAAUUCAUGUUGCAAUACUCACAUCCCAUGGAAAGAAAUGAUGGUUAAAACAAACGCUUCAGUUUUUACAGAAAUUCAGCCCAUUUCACAUUGAAAUUCGGGCUUGUGAUAUCAUAGCCUUACGGAGUGUCAGAACACUGAGGUCUAUAUUUGGACAGUAUCCCCCAGAGUCAAGCAAUACUCCCACUAAUUUCACUCAGGUAUAGCUUAUCGCAAUAUUCUGGAAGCUUAGCUCAGCAAUGCUGCUGAAUAUUAUUGAGAUUUCAUUUCAUUUCAUGCAAUCUGUUUCUGUCCUUUAUUAGCUCCGCGAUUUUCAACUAUACGCUUCAUGCAUUUGGCCAAAUGAUUACCAAUAAAACAAAUCGUUGUUUGCAAA